AAACAGUUCCUCGUCUGCUCCCUUGUCGCCGUAGCCAUGGGCAUCGAAUACCCGGCCGGAAUCGACCCCCUGCUCUGCCCAGACUACCCCUACUGCAACAUGGAAUUGAUGGCCCGCUACAAGACUCUGCCCUACCCCUACUACCCUGGGUACCAGAUCCCGUAUGCCCGGAUGGCGUACCCUGGCCCGUACCCCAUUGUUGCCCCUAUUCCUGUUGCUGCCCCUGUUCCUGUCCCGGAGCCCGUUCCUGAGCCUGUGCCUGAACCCGCCCCUGUUGCUACCUGAAGAACCCGCAACCCUGCCCUCCGCUCCGCUGUACCCCGCUGACGUUGACCCCGCGUCGUGCCCCAACUAUCCGUACUGCGUGUAAAUUUACUGUGACAUUUUACUAGGUCGCGGUACUAGAA